ACCACAUACAGCAGUUCCUGUUUGAGUUGAAAUAAAAGUACGUUCCUAUGGUGAUUUAACUGCACUCCCAACUCCGGUGGACAGCUAACUGUUCAUUAUCCAUCAUGGCUCCUUGGGAGAGGCAAGGAUUCUGGGGUCCGCCGACCUCAACAUUAGACUGGUGUGAAGAAAACUAUGUUGUCUCCUCUUAUAUCGCAGAAUUCUGGAACACUGUGAGCAACCUGAUCAUGAUUCUACCUCCAAUUUAUGGUGCCAUACAGGCUCUCAAAGAUGGCCUUGAAAUCUGUUAUUUACUUUCAUUUUUGGGACUUGCAGUGGUCGGUAUUGGCUCAUGGUGCUUCCACAUGACUUUGCAGUACGAGAUGCAGUUACUUGAUGAGUUACCCAUGAUCUACUGCUGCUGUGUCUUUGUCUACUGCCUAUGUGAAUGCUUCAAGCAGGAGAAGUCAAUCAGCUGUUUGCCCAUCGUGAUAUUACUUGCGUUCAGCGUUAUAGUGACUGUGGUAUACCUACAGUGGAAGGAGCCUGUAUUUCAUCAGGUCAUGUAUGGAAUAAUGGUGGGAGCCUUAUUUUUUCGUUCUGUCUUCAUAGUUUCAUGGGUAUAUCCAUGGCUCAGACCACUGUGCUACACAUCUUUAGGUCUGUUCCUGUUCGGCUUCAUUCUGUGGAACAUAGACAAUCUCCUGUGUGAUACACUAAGAGCAACUCGAGAAAGGCUGCCCCCCCUUGUUGGUGCAGUUACUCAAUUCCAUGCCUGGUGGCACAUUCUAACAGGCGUGGGAUCCUACCUGCAUAUUCUCUACAGCAUCCAGAUAAGACGCACCUACCUCAAACACAGACCGAAAGUGCAGUUUAUAUGUAGAUUUUGGCCCCUGACUGACACUGAGUCCCAGAAGAGCAGCUGAGGGUGAGUUGGCAUCAGAGACAAUGCCGCCUCUCCACACAAGCUGUGGUGGCAUGUCGUGUGGCCGCACUGGAAUUCCGAUGACUUCAGUAAACUCACAGAGGCUUCGAAGAGGCUUCUCUCCCAUCAGCUCAGCCAAAAGAAUUCCUCUUCUCAGCCACACAGAAUUCUCAAGAUUAGUGUUCUCUAGGAAAUGAGUAGCUGUGUUUUCAUGAUACUUAAUGGAGUAGGCCAGAUGUCAGUGGUGAACAUGUCAGGAACUUUUCACAUUGAUCAUUAGUCAUUUUAAUCAUUAUAUUAAUACAGUGCACGCACAUACACAUACAUACACACCACACACACACACACACACACACACACAUACACGUACACACACACAUCACAUGCACUCAGGAGAUUUAAGGCCUUAUGCAUGACGUGACCCUUGACAAAGGGAAACAAGCUUUGGUUGCUUUCUUCAACAUGGGAAGAAACGAACGUAAGUGAUGCUAACUUGUUUCUAGUUUAUUAUGAAUAUUAUAGACCUUUUAACAUAAAUAUGGUUCUGGCAGAUGCUAGAGAUUAUGUUAUUUUGAAUUAUAAUUUUUGUGGUUUUUAGCAUCCAGGGGGUUCUUGAUGCUACCUAUACCAAUAUUAUGUCUGGAGGAGACCAUAGGCAAUGUUUGUGCUGGUCACAAACAGAUUAAACCAAAGGGAAUGUUAUGCCGUUACAUUAUGUCAUUUUAUUUAUUGUUUUUAACAGUAGAUGUGUUGUGUAUGUUAAAUUCAUUUGCAUAAUUUGGUGCAAGAAGUGCAUCUCAAUGAUUAUCACAAAUAUUUUUUUUCUCAGUUUUUUUUUUACUGCACACUGUGGGACUGAAAUGAUCUGACUCAGAUCUGAUGUGAUCUGGUAUCUGUUAUGUGCUAUUACCAAGAUACACGAAGUUCAAUGAUAGAGGAUACCCACAAAGUAACUUCCACAUCCACUGACAUAACUAUGGUGGGAUUUCUUCGUUCAUCAGCUGUAGAGGCCUUCCUUGGCCUAGCAGGACCUUUGUGAUUACAGUUGAUUUUUGUAGGUCUAAGGUUUGGCCUAUGUGUUUUUUUUUUUGUUUUUUUUGUUUUUUUUUCUCAGCCUCGUGAUGGCUUUUUUUUACUUUAAUUGGCAUAACUCUGGUCCUCAUGUUGACAAACGUUAGUAACUGACUCCAAAGGCAAUCAAAAGCCUAGAAUCAAAACUAGGUACUGAAAGCAAUCCUAUACCUGCAGAAAGGAAGUAGCUGAACACACCUGACUGAUCAGGAACAACUGUGAACGCAUUUGUCCCAAACAACUUGGUGCCCUGAAAUAGGGGGAUAUAUGUAUAAAAAGUGAUGUCAUUUCUACGUGGUGAAACCAAUAUGUAUAAAAAUACCAUUUAAUAAAUGCUGAUAAUCUGCACUUUAACCACAUGUGAAUUGUUUGAUUACAAAUAUAAAAGUGUAUUGAGCCAAAUCAAGAAAAUUAUGACUUUGUCCCGAAUAUAUACACGUGUCUAACUGUUUAGCUUAGAGUGCUAUAAUUUAUUUAGCCAGUGGGCUAGUAACAUUAUUAUUUUGUGAACAUUUAACAGUUCUUUUUAGCUACUACCUGAUAUGUAUUAAUUUAGUAAACAAUGCAAAGUAUGAAAAACCUUUGUCAUGGAAAAGUAGCUCUCACUAGUCUCUGGCCAAGAAAUCUGUCUAGUUCACCAGUUUUUCUUCAGAGCACAACUCAAUCUUUCGCCAUGCCCUGUUGUUUCUCCUCAUCCCUGACUGUUCCCGGUCCAUUGAACACCUAGCAGACUUGAAAUUAUAAGGCUGUGGCCCCAUCCUGAGUGUUGGAAAGAGGAUGUUUCCACCUUGUUGGUCUCGACCAUAAAUAUCUGAUUAAUCGACAGUCAACAAUGGGGUUAAAUCAUGCUGUUGUUGCUUAUUUUCUCACUCACUGUAGCGCUCACUAUUUUCCCUUUCCCCUAAGUUGCGAAAAGUUCAAAUUCCCCAUAUUAUUCAGAUUUGAGGUGCACGUGGCCAAUUGCAUUAUAAAAGCAAGCACAGAUGUAAUUCUGAGUGUAUUUUAUUUUUUAUUUCUAAAUCCCAUUGCUGCAUCAUUUUCCCACACACUCACUGGGUAUGCAAACCUAAAAGAUGUUCUUUAAAGCCGCACAACUCAAUGUUAAGUCUUUAACAGCUUGUUUUAAAUGAAUGUUUUGGUAUCCCUUGAAUGACACACAGUUAAUCAUCUGCUGUUGUGGUUUAGCAGUUAAACUGUAUACAGCUCAGGUAUAAUACCUCUAUAUACUGUACUGUUCUCUGACUUUGUCUUUUAUAUAAGCACAGAACACAAGUUUUGGUUAUGUUAGUGCCAAAGAUAUGAGAGGAAUUUUGUGCCAGAAUCGUAUUAUAGUUGUUGUGAUUGUGUACUGUUAUGUAAAUGGUCCAACAUUUUUACAGCUAAUGUGUGAAGCUCUUGUGUUGGACAACAGGUAUACAAUAGUCUAGAAAUGCUGUAUGUCAACUAUGAAUGAAGUAUGAAUGAACCAUGCCUUAGCUCUGCUUUGGAGUUGUAGUGAUGAUUCUCAGAUGAUUUUACUGUGUAACAUUUUGUCUAAAUGUAUUUACCUAGUAUUCAUUCUUAAUUAUUCUUAAAAGUUUGCGUAAAGGUACAUUUUUACUGUUUAACUUUUUGCUGUUGCCUUUACAGGAAAACAUUGUAUGUCAUGACAUUCUUGCGAUGAGUUUAAUUUAUUCAUGAUACUGUAAGCGAAAAGAUGGUUUGCGUUUUCACUGUCUCCCAAGUGUUUGUCAUGUUUAUUCAUUUCCUUUUGAAACUUCCAAAAUCUUUUGAAUCUGGAGGAGGGCAUUCAAUCACUGGAGUUUGUUUUCCUUGAACUUUUAACCAAUCUGUUAUAUUCUGUUCAUCGCAGCACUGUAGGGGUUUGAUCAAAGGCCUCCAUAGACACUGAAAAAGUUGGAUAUUACCUUUUGUAUAUACCAGAUAUUUUUACUACUGUAAGAUAUAAAUUGUGUCAAGACAACGAAUUGUGGCCUUCUUGAGCAACCCCCAAUUUUAAAUGCAGCUAUUUCAAUGUUAUAAAGAUUCAGACGAUAGUAUUUCCCAUAAAUUCAUUUCAUGCAAGUAACAGCAGAGGGCAGUAGAGCACUUAAAACUGAUUUCUGAUAGGCAGAGAGUAAAUCUUUGGUUUAGUGUACCCUGCCCUGACAGCCUUGUGGAGACCUACAUAUAAAUCCAGCCAAUUUUACAGUUUCCCCCGAAAUACAUGUUCAAACAACAUUUUGAAAGUCAAUUAAAGAUAAUUAAGUGAAGGGUUACUGAAAUCACUGGAUAGCUGAAACCCAUUGGUUAUGCUAUGGUUCGGCAGAUUGAGGGAAAAAAAUCUUAAAUUGGAGAUGAUAUUAAAAAACAAACCAUUCAUUGUUCCAUUUAGUUCCAACAGAAUUCACUUUUGUUUACAUGAAAACGUGAAAAUGUCUCUUUGCUGUGACUCAAGAUCCUGUUCAUGUGUAAGCCACUUGUGUGAGUCAUUUCACAUUUUGCAAUCUUAUCCUUGUAGAAGGAAAUUACGUCCAGUCAAAAUAAAUGUUUCAUCAUGCAGA